UGCUUGGAAGAGGAACAAUAAUCUGAAUUCUCAUGAUAAGAUUAAACGACUUGAAGAAGCUUUAGAGAAGCUGCAAUCUGAGAGAUGGCCUGAUCGGAAUUGGCUAUUCAGAUUAAAGAAAGAUUUGGCUGAAGCUUAUCGUGAAGAAGAGUCUUUUUGGAAGCAAAGGAGCAGGCAGAAAUGGUUAAGGAGUGGUAACAGAAACUCUAAAUAUUUUCAUGCAUCAGUCAAAGGAAAUAGAUCAAGAAAAAGAAUAGAGAAGUUGAAAGAUGCUAAUGGUGAUUUACAGUUCUCAGAAGCUGCUAAAGGGGAGGUUGCAUCGAUUUAUUUUGAGAAUCUUUUUAAGUCCUCUAAUCCUCCGAGUUUUAAUGACUGGUUUGAAGGAUUCUCACCCAAGGUGACAGAUGAGAUGAAUGUUAGACUUAUUGCAAGAGUUUCAAAGGAGGAGAUCAGAGAAGCUGCUUUCUCUCUUAAAGCUUCAAGUGCACCGGGUGCAGAUGGUAUGUCUGCUUUUUUCUUUCAACAAUACUGGUAUAUUGUUGGAGAUCAGGUUAUAAAGGAGAUUCAGGCUUUCUUUGUCAAUGGCUCCUUCCCUCCAGAAUGGAAUUAUACACACUUGUGUUUAAUUCCAAAGAUUCAUCAUCCUACUGAAAUGUCUGAUUUGAGACCCAUAAGCCUUUGUUCCGUUUUGUACAAGAUUGUUUUCAAGAUCCUAGUAAGAAGAUUGAAACCGAUUCUCCCCCAAAUUGUUUCUGUUAAUCAAUCAGCUUUCGUCUCUGAAAGACAGAUUACAGAUAAUAUUUUGGUUGCUCACGAGUUAGUUCAUAGUUUGAGGACGAAUCCUACCAUUUCAUCUGAUUUUAUGGCAGUCAAAUCUGAUAUGUCCAAAGCUUAUGAUAGGGUGGAGUGGAGUUACCUGAGAUCUUUGCUUUUGGCAUUGGGUUUUCACAGAGUUUGGAUUGAUUGGAUCAUGGUAUGUGUUUCUUCGGUGACUUAUUCUGUCCUGAUCAAUGACCAUCUGUAUGGUAUGAUUACUCCACAGAGAGGUAUUCGUCAAGGAGAUCUUUUGUCACCUUUUCUGUUUGUUCUUUGUACUGAAGGGUUGACUCACAUGCUGAAUGCGGCUCAAAGAAGAGGAAGUCUUCAUGGUAUCAAGUUCAGUGAAGAUGGUCCUGAGAUUCAUCAUCUUCUAUUCGCGGAUGAUAGUCUUUUUAUGUGUAAGGCUUCAAAAGAUCAAGGUCAGGUUCUGCAAAAGAUUCUUAAUGAGUAUGGGGCUGUCACGGGGCAAUCAGUUAAUCUGAGUAAGUCGGCAAUCACUUUUGGUUCAAGAGUGGAUCCUGUGACAAAACUUGAGCUGCAGAAUAUUCUUGGUAUCUUGACUGAAGGAGGGACGGGUUCUUAUCUGGGUUUGCCUGAGUGUUUCAGCGGAUCUAAAGUAGAGCUUUUGGGAUACAUAAAGGAUCGUCUAAAAGAGAAGCUAGCGGGCUGGUCUUCUAGGUUUUUAUCUCAAGGAGGGAAAAAGGUCUUGUUAAAAUCUGUGGCACUGGCUAUGCCUGUCUUUGCUAUGUCGUGCUUCAAACUUCCCAAGACGACUUGUGAUAAUUUAGCAAGUGCUAUGGCAGAUUUCUGGUGGAGUGUGGGUAAUAAGUCAGGAAAGAUUCAUUGGCAAAGUUGGGAAAAGCUAUGUCUCCCGAAAGACUUGGGUGGACUUGGGUUUAGGGACAUUCAAGGAUUCAAUCAAGCCUUAUUAGCAAAGCAGGCAUGGAGAAUUCUCCAUGAGCCUUCUUGUCUUUUUGCUCAGCUCAUGAAAAGUAGGUACUUUGAAUCUUCUGAAUUUUUGGAUGCUUCCUUAGGGACCAGACCUUCUUUUGCUUGGCGAAGUAUUUUACAUGGAAGGGAUCUGCUGAACCAAGGGAUUCUUAAGAAGGUUGGUAAUGGGAAAUCUUUAAGGGUUUGGAUUGAUCUCUGGAUUGAGGAUGAUGGAUGGAGAGCUCCACUGCGAAGAAACAAUUUUUUCAAUCCUGAUUUGAGAGUCUCUGAAUUAUUAAAUAGACAGGCUAGGUCCUGGGAUUUGCAGAUUCUACAGGAGCAUUUCUUGCCUGAUGAUAUUGAAAGGAUUUUGAAAAUCAAACCAGCCAUGAGAUAUGAAGAUUUUUUUGCCUCGAGAUAUAACAAAGGUGGUAAUUUUUCUGUGAAGUCAGCAUAUUGGUUAGCCUCUCAGUCAAUUAAUAUUCAAGGCAGGUUUGAGGCUGCAGUUGCUCCUUCUACAAAUGGCUUAAAGAAUCAGGUUUGGGAUCUGCCUACUGAUCCAAAACUUAAAAUUUUCCUCUGGAAAGCUCUCUCUGCAGCCUUACCAGUUGCUGUGGCUCUCGCUAAAAGAGGAUUGAACUUGAAUUCCAAAUGCCAGAUUUGUGGGAUGGAUGAAGAGGAGACUACUAAUCAUAUUCUGUUCUCGUGCUCUCUUUCUAGGCAAAUAUGGGCUUUAUCUGAUUAUCCUGGGCCAGAGUUUGGUUUUCAAAAUGGGUCUAUCUUCUCAAAUAUCCAUCAUCUCAUUGAUAACAGAUCCAACUUGAAGUGGCCUGCUCUUCUUAGAACUAGCUUUCCCUGGAUUCUCUGGAGGAUAUGGACUAACAGAAAUCUCACUCUGUUUGAAGGUAAGAGUUACUCGGCUCUGGAAACUGUAGAAAAGAUCAGAGAAGAAGUGAAUGAGUGGAUGGAGGCUCAAAAAGUUGAGUCUGAGGGAGAGGAACCGGCUGUGGUUGUGGUUGCUAGGGAUGGUCCUCAGGUGAAUGUUCUGGCUGCGGGUGUUUGGCGGCCUCCAGAUGUGGGCUGGCUCAAAUGUAAUAUUGGUGUGGCAUGGUCUAGGAGGAAUAGAAUUGCAGGGGGUGCCUGGGUGGUUAGAGAUGAAAAUGGAGUGGUUUUGCUGCAUAGUCGUAAGGGUUUUCUCAAUGUAUGCAGCAAUUUGGAUGCCCAAUUAGAGAUUUUGAUGUGGUGUAUAGAAAGUAUGAGGAGCCAUAAUCUGGGAAGAGUCAUGUUUGUUUUACAAGCUGAUGAACUGGUGGGUGCUGUGAAUAGGCCUAUGGCCUGGCCUUCCUUCUAUUUUCAUUCCUCGGAGGUGAGGGAACUUUUGAAAGGGAUCAUUGAAUGGAAGUUGUCUAAGGAGUCUGUCCUUGCAAAUAGAGGGGCGUCUCUCAUUGCUCAAUCUGUCACUUCUGAUCUAAGGUUACACUCUUAUGUAGCUUCAGGCAUCCUAGUUGGCUGAAUCGUUUGUUUGAGGAUGAGAGAGCUCUUGCCUCUUUUUGAGCUGCAACGUCUCUGUCCCUGUUUGGAUCAUUGGUGGUGUGUUCCUUCUUUUGUAUAGGCACUUAGAUUUUGUAUUAGGUGCUAUGUUCUUCGUUGUGGUUGAGAGAUUUUAGUUUCUCUCUUUCUGUGGCAGUUAUGGCUAGGUUUUUUGUAAACUGUAAUCCACCCUUUAUCUAAUAUAAUUC